UUCCUUACGUCGUCUUCUCUUGGCAGCGGCGCCACCCUCUCCCCCUGCCCCAGGGCCUGGAAUUCCAGGCGCUGGUCGGAGCCGGGCCUCCCGUCCCUCCCAGCUUCAGUCCCGAUACCCGAUGCUUGCCAGCCUCUCUCUGGCGUCUGGACGGGGGACUGGCAGGCACCUCACCUUCGGCCACUCUCCGGCCGGCCUCGUUGAAGUCAGGGGCGCCGCUGGGGGGAGGGGGACGCCGAGUGGGUGUGGCAUCGGCGGGCCGGAGGCGCCGCUGCCGAAUAGAGUGCGGGGUCCUUUGCGCGUACCCCUUGGCUGCGUGCGCAGAGCCUCAUGGUCUCCAGAUAAGUCAUGUUUUGUAAACUUCCCAAAUGAGUGAAGCUGCAUUUCUUCCUGAACGUUGAGCUGAAGAACCGUAUCAUGGGCCAACAACUCUCAAGCCAGACACACACAGUUAUUAAUAAGUUACCAGAAAAAGUAGUCAAACAUUUAUCUCUGUUUCGAGAAAGUGGCUUCCUGACAUAUGAAGAAUUUUUGGGCAGAGUAGCUGAACUUAAUGAUGUAACUGCCAAAGUAGCUUCUGGUCAGGACAAGCACCUGUUGUUUGAGGUGCAGCCAGGCUCUGACUCCUCUGCUCUCUGGAAGAUGGCUGUUCGAGUAGUGUGUACAAAGAUAAACAAGACAAGUGGCAUUGUAGAAGCGUCAAGAAUCAUGAAUUUGUAUCAGUUCAUUCAGCUUUAUAAAGAUGUCACAAGUCAAGCGGCAGGUGUUCUUUCUCAGAACAUUGCCUCAGAAGCAGCUGCAGAGGAUCUGUCAUCUCUUUCAUCUUGCCAGGCCAGCAUUUGGAUGGGAAGGGUGAAACAGUUGACUGAUGAGGAAGAAUGUUGCAUCUGCAUGGAUGGACGCGCUGAUCUGAUCUUACCGUGUGCUCACAGUUUUUGCCAGAAAUGCAUUGAUAAAUGGAGCGGUCGUCACAGAAAUUGCCCUAUAUGUCGUCUGCAGGUGACAGCAGCAAAUGAUUCUUGGGUGGUGUCAGAUGCACCUACAGAAGAAGAUAUUGCUACCUACAUUCUCAACAUGGUAGAUGAAGCAGGUCAGCCUCACAGGCCAUGACCCUAGUAAUGUUUGUAAUAAUCAUGAAAUAUCUUUUAAGAUUACACUUUCAUUGUUCCUCUAUAUUUAGUCAUUGUACUGAUUUCAAUAAGCUAAAUUCAUGUUCUUCAAAAGUUUACAAGAAUUUAUAACUUUAAUCUUCAUUUUUGUCUGUUGCAGUGGAUACAUUAAGAAUUUAUUGCCAUUUUAUGAGACACUGGAAAAACCUGAUAUUUUAUUUUUAGCAUUGCUCUUCUGGGAUGGCUUGCACCAAAAUUGCACUUCAUUAUAAAAACUGCAAAACUAAUUGGAUAAUAACUGAGGGCCUGUUGUCUGACCAAGAAGCAAUCCUCCUUUAUGCAAGUGUGCCUGCUUGCAAAGUUAGGAAUGAUGAGAAUUCCACUGUGAUGCUUCAGUCACUUCUAUUGCCCUCUAGUGGUGAACUCUCACCACUUCUAGUGUCUACAUACAUUUGCUUACUUGGUAUUUUAAGCCUAGCAAAUCUGUUAUUUUUUCCAAAAAGAAUAAAUCUUUAGGCAGCUCUUAAGAACUUUGAAGUUUCCGUUAGUCCAUGCCCAUGGUCAGAGAUUUAUACAUUCUUUUAAAAUUAUGUGAUAGUAAUUGAUCACAGAAAUCCAAAAGCUUUCCCCCCCCCCAAUUAUAUGUUCCAACAUCUGGGUAAAAUGAUCCUGGGAUAUUAGUUAUUAAUCUAGCUUUUCUUAUCUGCAUUAUAACUUAAACAAGAUGGGAGAUUUAAACCAAAUAGAUGGUGCUUGAUUCCUUUCUGCAGUAUGCUUACCAGCAUCAAGAAUAUCUACACUGAUUUUGCUUUAACAUCUUACAGAAUUUAUUACCUUGAAGCCUGUAUCACUUGUUCUCAGGCCUGAUAAAGUCUUUCUCAUUUAUCUAUUUUAAUUGAAUAUGUACUUGUAAAAAUCUGUGUGCGGUGUGAAAAAAACUGACUGGAAAUCUUGUGUUGGGGGCAAGAAUCUAGUAAUAAUUUCCAGAGGUUGUCACUGUUACAUUUGUGAUUGCAUAGUGUCUGUAGAUUGCCAUUCUCAUGGAAGUCUGGCAGAUGCAUCAGACCUGUACACUCCAGAAGUGCGUUUGAGGAGGUAUUGAAAUGUAAGUAGUACUGACUUAAAGUAUGGCAGAGGUAAUUCUCUUCUUCCUCAUGUCAUCUGGCUUGCCAAAGUGAAAAUUUAGCCAGCAGAUUGUCCUGAUGAACACCAUGAGAAGUCCAGUAUUACACAGAUAUAAUUUACUUGCUGCAAUUUGACUUUGAAGUAGACAGUAACAAUAGAGAAGACAUGAAAGUUUCUUGUAGUUCCCUGAUCAUGGAUAUUUGGGAUUAGUAAUGUUGGGAAGUGCCUCUUAACAAAAGGCUUUUAAGCAAAAUUAGACAUUACUUCUAUUUCUUUUUUGUUUAAGGUUAUGGAUUCCAUUAAAGGGGCUUAAUGCCUCAUUUUUAUGCAUAAUACAGGUCGUUAAAUUCUCAAAUUGCUUUGUUUUUCAUGACUUUAUGUUAGAAAUCCUUUAUGUCUGCUGGGCUGAUGCAGAGAAGAAUGUUUAAAUUAUGGCAUUGGGUGCAUAUAUAAAAUAUGCAUGUGAAAGGAUACAUGAAUGAACUCCACCAGAAUUUAAUGUAAAAUCUAGGGAUGCAAGCUGUUGUAUAUAUCAAUAACAUGAAAGCUUGUAAAUAUUUGUAAAGUGAGUAUGUAUGUAAACUUUAUAUUGUGUAUAGAUUUUAAAAUCUAAUAAAUGCACCUAGUGGUGUAAGUACAGUAAUGUGUGCCUUGUAAAGUAUUUCCUAUAGCUGCGCCUUGCAAAUUAUUUAGGGAGUCAAUCCAAUAUUUAACUCAUCAUGUUGUGUGUCCCCUGCCUGCGCAGGUGGAAUGGUACAGCUAUAUCCCUCUAACCUGUUAGCGUUAAAGAUGUGUCCUUGUGAGGCUGCAAGAGAAAAGGAGCAUGUGAGACAAGCUGACAGUUUAACAUGUGGGUAUUUGCCCAUAGUUGUUGACAAUUGCAAAACUGCUCUAGCUUUAAGAGUAUAUGUACUGCCCAUAGAAACUUGUGAAUGGUUAAAAAGCAGCAUUUAAUUAUGUAAAUGGCAAUAUUAUUAUAUUGGAAAAGGAAAACUGAUUAAUUUUAUCAUGAUGUUCGCUUUUAGAACUAUAGAUUUGAAAAAAUCUUCAGUGACUGUUGUAUUGCUGCUAAGAGCAGAUGAAAUUUUCAUUGCAGAAAUCUUUUAGCACUAAUGAAAACAUUUCAAACAUUUUUAAAGACUGUUAAUAGCUACAAACCUUGCAAUGUAUAUUGUAAUGACUAUUGUGCAAUAAACAGAGUUCCAACCUUC